GGAAAUUUUCAAGGAUGGUGAGACAAUGAGGUAGAGGAAGUGGACGAAUUUAAUCGACCCAUCAGACCAAGGCAUUACAUUUUCAUUAUAUUAUAGGCCUGAAUAAUGGACAGUGAAAUGGAUGAGAACAGUGAGAGCACUGUAGUGGACAACUCAGAACCUGAAAAUGCUGGUGGGGAUGCUACUGAGGCUGCUGAAGGGGAGACAGAGUCUAGCCAGAUGGAAGAAGAGAAGGACAUCAGCUCCGCAGCUCUAGACAGUGAAGUACAAGACUCUGAGACAGUGGAGAACGGGGAAUGUAAUGAGGAUGAUAAUGUUGAUGGCGAGGACGCAACCAAGAUUGAAGACAGGAGUGGCGACAAAGAGGAAACUGAUGCUACUGAAGAGGCCAAGGACACAAAAGAAAGUAGUGAUGUGAAGGGGGAUAAAGAAAGCUCAAAAGAAGGAAUUAAGGAGAUCAAAAAGCGACCACAUGAGGGAGAGAUAUCAGAAGAGCCAGCAGAGAAAAGAAUCAAAACAAAGAGAGAAGAAGAGGUUGGCAGUACUGAAGCAGGAGAUGGUGAGAAGUCCUCGACAGCUGAGGCAAAGGGUGAGACACCCAUAGUGGAUGAGAUGACCACGCAGGAUGAGAUGGCCACGGCAGAUGAGAAACCCACAGUGGACGAGAUGACCACGCAGGAUGAAAUGGCCACGGCAGAUGAGACACCCACAGAGGAUGAGACUGCAACAGCAGAUGAGACGGCAGCAGAGGGUGGGAAAACAAGUGGACAGUCUGGGGCGAGGGAGAAGAAAGAUUCCAAGUCUGUGACUGGAGCAGAAGCUGAGAACACAAAGCAGGAGAAGGAAUCAUCAGGAAAGCAGGAAGAAACAGCCAUGGAAACUGAACCGUCUGAUACAUCUGCAACUACAGAUGUGACAGAGAAGAGAAGCACUGAAGGUCAGAUGAAGACUGAUGAAAUUAACGGUGUAGAAAAUACUGCAAGAGAAAGGUCUGAUAAAACUAGUGAUGUGAGCAAGACUGUUGCUGUGAAUGGUAAACUAGACGACGAUGAUUCAGCUAAUAAGUCUGAUGACAGUGAGAAGGAGAAUAUAAACACAGACCUGCCGAUGGAUUUGAGCACCAAGUCUUCUGCUCCGUCAGAUAUUAUCACUUUGUCUGACGAUUCGUCUGACGAUGACAGCAGGAUGAAUGGUAUUUCGAAUGGCAUCACACCAGAAUUAAGCCCCGAAGAAUUAAAGGUGCGUGUGAAGCUAGUGAAAAAGCUGCAGUCUGAGCUGCGAAAUGAAGAAGCAAAACUUGUGCUGUUAAAAAAGAUGCGCCAGAGUCAAGCAAGUCAACAAUUACAGGACCACAGCAAUUUUACAUCCAAUUCUAAGGCAGCUCCGAUGAAGGCCCACGCCGGUCAACCUCCUCCACUGAUUCGAGGUGGCCAAUGUGGAAUGAGCAGUAAACCCCAGAAUAGCCAGCCUAUAGCCUCGGCCCACAUGAUGAGGGGCCAACAGUUACACCACAUGCGUGGUCAGAUGCAGGGUCCUCCACCCCUGGUCAUGGCCCCACGGAUGGGCAGCCACAUGGUGCAGCCCACAGGCUUGCGGGGUGGGCUACCUCCUGGGGCUGCACCACCCAACAUUAUGCCGGGCUUUCGGGGUCAGCUACACCAGCAGGCUCAGGUUCAUUCUCAGCAGAUGGCUCAACAGCAUCAGCAAGAGACACAAACUCCUGCCCAAAGACAGGCCGCAGCCAAGCUGGCCCUGCGUAAACAACUGGAGAAAACACUGCUGCAGAUCCCACCACCCAAACCCCCACCCCCUGAGAUGAACUUUAUCCCCAGUCUGCUGAGUAACGAAUUCAUUAUGCUUGUAGGGUUGGAGGAAGUGGUGAACUAUAUCACAGAUGCAGACCUGAUUGCGCGCGGCGAGAAGAGCCCGGAUGAAAAGCUGGUCUGUACUCCCUUCACCUGUAUACAGUGUGACACAGACUUUACUCCCGUGUGGAAGCGUGAGAAACCUGGCUCCAAGAACGUCAUAUGUGAAAUGUGCGUGACAACGAAUCAAAAGAAGGCCUUGAAACAGGAACACACCAAUCGCUUAAAAAGUGCUUUUGUGAAAGCCCUGCAGCAGGAGCAAGAGAUUGAGCGCAUGCAGUCUCAGGGCGGAGGGACAGUGACAACUGCUCCUGCCACCCCAUCAUCUGCUACCACUGCUGUCAAUCUGACUGCCCCCUCGUAUAAGUCCUCGGCGCAUGUCGCAGCAGCUGCAGCCGAGCAGCUGCGCCACCACCAAAACUUUUUGCAGGCCCACCAAGCCCACCAAGCUCAUCAAGCCCACCUGCGCGCUAGCCAGCCCAUGGGGAUUCCCCCCUUUAAUCCCCGCAGUCCAUUCCACUACCAGAUACCGUUCAAACACUCGGACCUUCAGCGCCAGUACUUACUGGACAUGAUUCCACCUAGGUCACUGGCACAAAGCAAUAUAGGCUGGAAAUCCUGAGAGUAUUAAUUUGUCUUUCCGUGUCAGUUAUUGAAAUUCAGAAAAGUGUUUAUGGAGUGUUAGACUGGAGGAAGUUCUGUGUGGUGUUUGCUGACCAAAGUAUCAAUCAUGGAGGCAAGUUCAAUGUGUGAUUGAUCUUGUUUGUGAACAUCAGUAAUUUAUGCCCUGAUAUAUGAUCAUCUUUCGUCAUUGACACGAUGACAUCUCAUCUCUUCAAAGUAUGUGCUUUGGAUAUUGUAAUAAAACAAGGCGUACUCUUCGGCCUGGGGUACAUGUGUUAUCAUUGCGGACUGCCACCUGCUACACUAUGUGUACAAUCCAUACAGGAGUUGUGUGGUUAAAUUCAUGUUUGAAAUGUACUACAGAAUCAAUUUGUACAAAUUUCUAUCGCCAUGACUAGUCACUGUGAACGUUAGUUUGCGGUUGAAUUUUUUUGACACCUUUUAAUUUUAUUUGUUCAGAAUCAAAUCUGAAGUAAAUUGUAUACAAUACCUCUUGCACAUAUAUGAAAGGCUCAGGGGCGUACCCUCAAAACUCUAUCCCAAAGCUGGAAUUAUGGAAACAGUUUCUCAAAUGAAAUAUUCCAUGAAUAUUAAUAACAGUACUUAGCUUUGACAAAGAAUUCUGAUGUGUGUCUGGCAGGAUCCAGUUUUGGGUAAUUUAUUUCAAACAACAGGCUACAGGAUGGCCACUCUUAUCCUGAAAUUUUGCGUAGAUUGAAUGUUAGUGGUGAUACUGGUAAUUGUAUAUACACACACACCUAUAUACUUGUAUCCAAAGUUUAUCUUUUUUUUUGAUCUGCAUGAUCAAAUACAUUAAAUAUUACAGAUUUGUCCCAGAAAAAAUAUUUCACUUGUCCCAGAAAUACAACAUCCAGGAAAACUUGGUGUAAAACGUUAUUCGUGUGAGUUGUUAAUUAUAACUGUACAGUGGUGACAAAGGGUAACUUAUCCAUGGUGCUCAGGAAACAGUGUUGUCAGUCAUCAGUACCUGUUACAUGUACAUGAUUAUGUUUAAGCUAUGUUAACUGCAGCUCAUUUGGUUUGCUAACCCAUCACAUCCCUUGCUUAUGCCAGUCAUCACCUAGUCAAAUCUCUGGUUCACCCUUAUUUAUAUAAAGACCUCAUAUGGUUACGUUAAAACUUCUCUGUGCACACAUGCCUACAUCUAGGCCAUGUAUACCUGUAGAAAUAUUUGUUAGAUGCUUUAGAGAAAUACAUGUAUGCCUGUACAUAGCUUUAUAAAGCUAUUAGCACCACAUUAUUUAUGACAUUUUUCUGUGCGCUAAAUAAAGCAGAUGCUGCUUGAAGCUGAUGUGUUCUUCUCUUUGUUUCUUUUUAUACAUGUUUGUUGUACAUGGGAUUAAGAUGGGUAGAUAGCUUCAUAUACCCCUGUCUGACCUUCAUAUCCCUCUGUCCCAGCUUGCACUCUCUGAAAUAUGGAAU